AAAAAUUUAAAAAAAUAAAACAUUUUCUUAGACUUUAGGCUGCCACACUGAAACUCCAAACUUAGUUUCAAGACCGAUUAUGAUUAUAAACAUGUUAUAUAAUUCAAUAUUUGAUAAUAUUAUAGAUAUUUUCUGUGUUUAAUUUGGUCAGAAAUAUAUAUUUUAAAUUACCGAGUACCCCCUGAGUCACCCCAACACACACGGCUGCAGUGGGUCCUAGUAUUUAACAACAAAGAAAGCCAGUGCUGUGAAAAAGGGAUAGUUCAGUUCUGAGCGUUUUUAUUUAUUUUUUUAAAUAUAAAAAACAUUGAAAUUAUUGCUUGUCUUAAUUGUUUAAUGCUGUUAUAAGAACAAUAAACAAUCCGCAUUGUUCUUUUUUAGUAGAUAGAGUUCCUCGUAGUAUUGGACAGUGUUUGUUAUGAGUAAUAUAGUGGUAUAGUCGAGUCAAGUGGAAUUUAUGAGUCAAUUUGGCUAAUAUAACACAUUAUUUACGUCUGAUUCGAAACAAUAAUACAUUACGUCUGUCAUCGAUUUAAAGUCGUGCUAAACGAAUCUCUUUUUAAAUUCGUUUUUACACACGCUGCUCUGGCUUUAGCUUUACGUAUCCUGUGUAGUUGCAAUGGAUUUGUCUAUAUUCACUGGCAUUCAUUUAAUUAUAUUAGCUGCUUGAAUAUUAUCGGUCACAGACUCGAUUAAACAAUAAUCAGAACAGCAAAGGUGUUCUACUGUAAUCGUCGAAGAUGGAUAAGAAAUCAUUUGAAAUUGUGCUUGAUGAAAUCAGAAAGUGUGUUCUGACGGAACAAAGAACAAAGGCAAUUGAACACGUACAUGGAUAUUUCUCAAGCGAGCAGGUGACAGAGCUGUUGAAGUAUUUUUCAUGGGCAGAUCCCCAGAUAAAAGCUGUGAAAGCUUUGCAGCAUAAAAUGGUUGCUGUUCCUACAACCAAAGUGGCCAAUAUUCUUAAUUGCUUCACAUUUUCAAAAGACAAACUUGUUGCCUUGGAACUGAUAGCUUUGAAUAUUUCUGAUGCUCAUAAUUAUCGGCCAAUUGAGGACCUCUUCAGAUUUCAUCUGCCUGAAAAGAAGCGAUGUAGGAGGAUUUUAGAGCAGGCGUCUAAAGUAGGCUGUAAAGCCCCAGUUGCCAUGAUUUCAUCCUGUGGAAUGAUCCCUGGUAAUCCAUAUCCUCAGGGAAAACCCAGCCUCAUCAAUGGAAUAUUUCCAGGUACUCCUGCCAAAAAAGAAGGUGAUGAUAACAACAAUGAAGGAAAAGGAAUAGCAGCCCGGAUCCUUGGACCCUAUAAACCAGCACCUUCAACCUACAAUCCUCAUAAACCUGUCCCAUACCCUAUACCUCCUUGUAGACCCCAUGCAACUAUUGCACCAAGUGCAUAUAGCAAUGGAACUUUGGUAUCCAUGGGUGGGGUAAUAGCCUCGAAUGUGCCUCCUCCUCCGUAUCAGGCCAAUCAGACAGGAGCAGCUUUCUCCAGACCAUCCAGUCAACAGAGCCAUAGCUCCAGUAAUUCAGGGCCCACAUUUUCACCUCAUGGGCCCAACCUCUCUGCACCUGCAACCCCAGUGCCCAUGCCCGCACCCUCACCCGCUAAGCAGCCUGCCCCAUUUGUUCCUAUCACCCCGGUUUUCCCAGGCUUAGUUCCCACAGCCGCACACUCUCCCAGUGCCACCACACCAAUCCCUUCUGUGAUUAAAGGGCCCCCUUUAGCUGCCUCGCCAGUCAUCACGCCCAACCAUAGCGGGCAUUCUACUCCUAUCCCCCAAGGUUUACCUGGCGUUCCUCCUUCUGUUACACCCACGCCUUCUGUCAUCAAAUCACAUACCCCGUCAGUAACCCCCUGUGCCACUCCUGUGCCUAAUGGUUCCUAUACUCCAGUCCCCUCAGCCUACCCUAGUAUGUCUAGAUCGGGAAGCUCCUCCCCCCUAGUUCCCACUGCAUGCACUCUCCAGGGACAACUCCCCCCUGGCAUGCAAGGUAUUGCCAGUCAUUCCCCAUCUGGCACACCAGGAUCCUUGGGAUUAGCUAAUCCGACGUUUAAAGGCGUCCCUGCCUUAGACAUACAGUCACAGCUGGGUUCAUCCACACAACCUUCCUUUACCGGACUCCCCUCUUCAGCUAGUCCUGUUCAGCACGGCCCUCCUACCCCUGUUCAGUCAGUGAUUAGAAGCUAUACACCCUCCACCACUCCGACCUCCCAAGGUUCUUCCACACCCGGGCUCCCUGUUUUCACUGGCCUGCCUCCAGCAACCACUCCUAUGGCCACACCCAAACCCUCAGCCAUCCACACCCAAUCGUAUAUGGGAAACCCCCUGGGUGCCGCCUCCGAGCUGCACAUGGCUGGCGCCUCAGCCAUUCCUGCUUUGGCCCGGCACAGCAACAGCCCUGUAACCUCUGCAUUUAAAGGACCUUCCCGAUCUGCCACCCCGUCUCUCAGUUCCCUAGUGAUGCCCAACACUGCUGCGCUGGUCCGCUCUCUUGGCUUAAGCCACUCUGCAGCUUCUGCUCAAGCCACCCUGUCAAACACAGCAGCCAUGGCCGGUUUGCAAGGCCUGUCCGUUCUAAGCACCCAGGGCGCAGUGAAUUUAGCCUCUCACACGGCAGCAGGCAAUGUCUUCUCUGGACUGCCGGCCUUCUCUUCUCUCUCUUCUGGCUAUCCUGGAGCUCCAGGCCUUCAGGCAACCAUAUCUGGUUGCCACCCAAAUGUUCUCUCCUCUUCCGCCUCUUCUGUUGCCUCCUCUGCUGCCUCCUCUGCUGCAGCUGUUUACACCGGUCUUCCUCCCUCUGUCACACACUCUGGAUCCCCCUUCGGCCUUGGCUUCCCAGGCCUCCCUCCCGGCUCUCUGGGGUCUGGUAAUUCUGGGUUCCCAGGUUUUGUUGGGUCCAGCACUCCUGCUGGCAGCCCGGUGUUGUCCCACUUUGUCGGGCUGCAGGGGCCCCCGUCCUCGGUGGCAGCAGUACCCCCCCUCCAGGCAGCAGUGGCAGCAGCAGCAGCAGCAGCAGCUGGCACUUCCUCCGCACCAGUCCUGCCAGGAUUUGCUUCAGCAUUCAGCUCCAAUUUCAACCCUGCGCUGGUCGCACAGGCUGGCAUGACUCCUGGCCUUCAGCCUGCAGGGAAUGCUGCAUUUCCUGGACUCCUAUCAUUCCCAGGGAUUCAUGGAUUCUCCCAGAGCCCAUCACCAGCCUCUCUGUCUGGACUACAGCAUUCAGCUGUGCAGUCAGCGUUAUUGCAGGCACAUUCAGCCUCUGCUUUGGAAAGCUAUCCAGCACAAACCAAUGGCUUUGCUAACUACCCUACAGCGCCAGGGACGCCAUUUGCCCUGCAGCCUGGUCUUCAUCCUCAACUUGGGUGGCAGUAAUCAUCACCAUCACUAUUAUUUACCUGAGAUAACCCACUUGAACUACCCGUGAAUAAAGCAGUAAAGCUGUCAAGUGGAUCUACAAGUCGACUUAUAAUAGGAUGUGGCAAUUAGAAAGAUACCCAUCCAAGUACAAUACAGUAUGACAUUUCUGGUUAAAAUGUUUUUUUCAGCUGGGCUCUUGGUAUGUGGGCAAGACACGUAUAACAACAAUGUAUUUUUUUUAAAUUUAUAUCUAUGGGUCAAAAAAAUAUCCAUGCUGCAACCAGAUAAUUUAUAUGGUCAUUGUGUUUCUGAAAUAAGGGGUCACCAAGAUGUAAUUAUGCAGAAGAAUCUUACGUUUUCAGCACAAUUAAUUAUGUUUGUGUAAAUUUUACAACAUGGUCUGAUUUUUUAUUCUUUCUGUCGGUUUUCUUUUUCUUAUGGUCCAAGACACCUAUGGCGCCCUGUAUUCCAAGCCACUUUCUGAGAUCGCAGAAUGCCAAUAUGCAGCUGUUCCCCUCUGUGCAUGAAACUUAUUUCCAGUCAACAUCAGAACUGCCAACUCACUCUAGACACAUGCUUGUUUGAAUGUGCCUGUAUGAAUUUAGAAUUUUGAAAAAAGCCCUUCAGUAUUUUUCUUGUGAAAUGCUCUGGGAUUCAGUGAAGGGAACUAUGUAAGUACAGUAUAUGUUUUUCCAGUUUGUCUUCUGAACAACAAAAUUUGCUGUACAUUUCUGAAAGAGUCUCUCCUAGCCACAUCAACAAAAACAGUGGAUGAGAGACACCUUGAUGUACACGCUUGUUAUUCAUAGAGCAGCUCAAAAUAUAAAGAUGAAUUUUAUACUCUAUGUAUACAAACAUAAAUUCAAAACACAAAUAUUGGUUUGGUAUGAAAUCUGUUACUGUGUUUUUAAAAGUUUUUAAAUAUAUUUAAUAUUAUAUUUAGUGUGGCACCAGAGCCAAUGCUAAAAAAUUGCAUAUUUAUUCAUUUUCAACAUUUUUGGUUUAUUAGAUAUUUUGUUGAUUAGUGUGAAUUAUUAGGAAAGGACGUUGUAGUACUACUGUCAAUCUCAGAUUUAGGAAAUAUUCAAGUAUAAGAAUAAUCUAUUUCAAUAUAAAAGGGCAGAUUUUGAAAACAUUUUAGCCCAGUGUGUACAUUUCAAGUUACACAAUGUUGUGUUUAUUUCUAGUUUUCUAACUUUAACAGUUUUAAAAUCAAAUCAUAAGUACUGGUGUCUGCAACACUGAGCCAUACAGACAUUGUAAACACUGCUGUGUUGUUUUUAACUUAAGCAAAACUAUGUUUAAAAGAUUGUGAUUCUUCUUAAUCUGUAAUGCGAAUGGCCAGCAUUCGUGAGAUAAAAUGCUGUUUAAAAUAUACUUGGAAAUGAUUACAUGAAUUAUACUGUAUGAAUGCAUUAAUCAAAUUCAGUCAUUUUCUAUAAAGAUGUUUUAUGCUAUGCUACAUUCUUCUUUCCCUUUCAUGGCACAUCAUAAAAAUAGAAUUAAUUUCAAUUAGAAUUAGUGUAACCCUGUAGCAACCAAUUACCCACGUUUUAUUGGUCAGACCACUGAACUCACUAUAUUAACUAGUUUACUUUUCAUACAAGUACAGUACUUGCUUUAAGCUACCGUUAUUGAAAUUGUGUAAGACUUUAGAAAAUAAAAAUAAUAUGAAAUAUUGUUAUACCAACAUGUUUAUGUUGGCAUAAACAAUGGUCAGUGAGCUCUCAUGCAUGUACAGUACCAUGUAAAUGGUGGUGGGGAAAUCAAACAAUUCAGUUGUAGAAAAGUGGUGAUGUCACAAUAGGAGUACAACGCUUACAAUACUAAUGGUCAAUCAAAGCAAGUAGCUGCUAAUUUGAAUUCAGAUGACAAAGCAUCUCAAACCUUGUGUUCAGAAAACAAUGUUCACUUUUGGAAUCAAUUUAUUUUAAGUUAUUUUGCAAAGUAUUGCAUUUAUUUGUUUACAACUGUUAUUAUGAUUUGUUUAUUUAGCAGACGCCUUUAUCCAAGGCGACUUACAGAGACUAGGGCGUGUGAACUAUGCAUCAGCUGCAGAGUCACUUACAAUUACGUCUCACCCGAAAGACGGAGCACAAGGAGGUUAGUGACUUGCUCAGGGUCACACUGAGUUAGUGGUUGAGGUGGGAUUUGAACCGGGGACCUCCUGGCUUCAAGCCCUUUUCUUUAACCACUGGACCACACAGCCUCCUUUAACUUGCAGAAUUGUUAUCAAUAAUACUUUUUAAUCAUGCUGUCUAGUCAGAAUAGAAAGUGGAAGGUGUUGGGGGGUAUUUAAAAACAACAAUGACAAGAUGUUAUACAGUAUUUUUUACCUUUUAAUUUUUAUUUGAUGGUUUUACUCUGGACUUGAAACAAAUAUGUAAAUACUCUUGUACAACUGCUGUAUGACUUAAAUGAAUUGACAUCAUGUGUCUAGAAGCUGUAGUUCCACCUUGCAUUGUAGAUACAUUUCAGGUAAUUGUUGUUAUAAUUAAAACAGAUACCAUUUAAA